GCCAAUAGCUCCUGUGCGACGUGUUUGAUGUGAAUUUGCUUGAGUGCGACGUUGUUCGAGCGAAUGGCUGUGGUGCGACACAUUUAAGCAGGUAAAUAGCCCAGGGCCACAUGGGGUGUUAAAUGUGGUUAAAUUGGUCGUCAACCAAGCCCGUUUAUGUUAGGACAUGUGGGUCCAACUUAAUUGCUCCUCAAAACAGCUGACCGUGCCCUGCCGCCCGACCGUGCCGCACCCGCCACUCUGCCCCCUCCCCCCUUCUUCUCCGGUGGCGGCGGAUCUUGCGUUCUCAACGGCGGCGGCGGAGCCCUCGUUCUCAACGGCGGCGGAGCCUUCGUCCUCAAAAAAUGGUUGUGAGGGGAGCCCGUGGGCAUACUGAGAUGGAGCCCCCAGAUUCAACUUCGAAUAGAGGGGAUGCUGCCGCUCGGACCUUCGAAUUGACGGUCAAUUUCUUUCCAUCAAAGGCAAAAUUAGUUGAUGGUAGCAUUCAGAACAUUGAGAGAGACACAAUUGUUAAAUGGGAGGUUGAGUUUACAGAGAUUGAUCCACAAGUUCUACAGAACAUGGGAGAGAAGGCAGUGAAGAAAUGGGUGGAAAAAAUUGGGGAGAAUGUUGUUUGGGGUCCAGAGCAAGAAGUAUCACUGUUGCGGUUUGAUGAUUGGAAAGGAGAGUAUGUGAGAAUGGAAGAUGGUGAACAGAUUGUUGAUGAAAUCGAUCGGCAAAACGGCUGGACAAGCAAACGAGCUAAUUUUUUUGCUGAGCUGGUUGAUCUGAAUAUUUUUUCGAAGGUUGGAUAUGUGCCAUCACAAUUGGCUGCGCAGAUGGUAGAUGAUGAUUGGGCUACACAGAGGCCAUUGAUUCCCAUGUGUACUGAACUUACAGUAAUAGCCGAAGAGGGACAGGUGACUGGAAUUGAAACUGAAACUGUAGCAACUGUUGAUUGGAAUGUAGUUGAAUUAGAUGAGUCUACUGAUUUGAGCAUCUUCCCCAACAACGGCGUUAUGCACACGCUCCCGUACCCCAUCAACAACGGGGAGGAGUGA